UAAGAGCUAGAACAUGCAGAGAGAUUCACUACUAACUACGCAACAGGAACUCAUUUGAGAGAAGAAAAGAAUCAUCAGAAACAGCAAAACUACCAAAGAAUCAAUGCUUAGAUUUUCUCAUUAUUUUUACUUUUUUUGUGUGGGGGACACAAGGAUCAAUGAUUUUUUGUUCCUCCAAGAUUUCAGACUAUACACUGUUCAUACGUGUUUUCUUGAUUGGACGAGGAAGUGAAAAAUUCCCCCAUAUGAGCUAUUGCACUUUAAUGCUCAGGUUUCACUCCUGACUCGGGAGUUGCCUUAUAAUGAGCUCUCAGUGGAGCUUUGGAAAGAGAAGUUUCCAGCUGCAGUAAGAUUUAUUUCAUUUUGUGCCAAGAGGGAAAAGAAAUUCUACAAAGAACUAAAAUGUUGAUGAUGCAGACAUUUGCUUAAGAGUGUUGCAUCUGGGAGACGAAAAAAAAGAAUAAGGAGGAGAGAGAAGGCGGCUCAAAGAAAGAGUAUCAGGAUGGGGAACUUUUGCCAGAAACACUGCCUGUGUUUUGUGUCUUGUGCUCCUUGGCUAUUCCAAGACAGAGACUGUGAACAGAGUGAGAAACACAAGACUGGCCAAGUCAUCCACAAUCCAGCCUUGGUAGGGAAUGACUUGCAGCCACGCAGCCUCUCCCAGGGAACAUGGAAUAUGCCUGAGCCAGACAACAAAUAUAAAACAAAGCCUCUUCCUCCUCUGCCUUGUCCAAAGCAGAAGAACUGCAGGUUUGUGGCGUUGUUUGACUACCAGGCCCGCACUGAGGAGGAUCUGAGCUUCUGUGCCGGGGAUAAGCUCGAGGUACUGGAUUCAUCCCAAGAGGGUUGGUGGUAUGCUAGGCUUCUCCUGGCAAGUGAGUCAACACGAACUGGUCGCAAGCUCCAAGGCUACAUCCCUGCCAAUUAUGUAGCUGCUGAUGAAAGCAUUGAGGCUGAGCCAUGGUUUUUUGGCUCAAUCAAACGAGCAGAUGCAGAGAAACAACUGCUAUACCCUGGAAACAAGAAAGGAGCUUUCCUAAUUCGAGAAAGUGAAAGUUUAAACGGAGAAUUCUCACUUUCAGUUUUUGAUGGAACAACUGUGAAACACUACAGGAUCAGAACGAUGGAUGACGGGACCUUUUUUUUAAGCAGAAGGAAGACUUUUAAAACCUUGAAAGAUUUUGUUGACUACUAUUGUAAGAACGGUGAUGGACUCUGCGUAACACUUGGGAACCCAUGUAUAAAGAAAGAAAUUCCUACUCCUUUUGAUUUGUCAUACAAAACGGUGGAUCAUUGGGAGAUUGACCGAAAAUCUCUGAAACUGUUGAAAAAAUUAGGCUCUGGCCAGUUUGGUGAGGUGUGGGAAGGACUAUGGAAUCACAGUACCCCAGUGGCUAUCAAAACAUUGAAACCAGGUUCAAUGGAUCCACAAGACUUCCUGAGGGAGGCACAAAUAAUGAAGAACCUGAGACAUCCGAAGCUUAUACAGCUCUAUGCGGUUUGCACUUUAGAGGACCCAAUUUAUAUUAUUACUGAGCUAAUGAGACAUGGAAGUCUGUUAGAAUACCUCCAAAAAGAUGCAGGCUCACAGAUCCACCUGCCUCAACAAACAGAUAUGGCAGCUCAAGUUGCCUCAGGAAUGGCUUACCUCGAAUCCCAGAACUAUAUCCAUCGGGAUCUGGCAGCCAGGAAUGUCCUUGUCGGGGAACACAGUGUUUACAAAGUGGCAGAUUUUGGCCUUGCCAGGGUUUUUAAGGUAGGAAAUGAAAAUAUAUAUGAGGCUAAACAUGAAACAAAACUCCCAGUGAAAUGGACUGCUCCUGAAGCAAUCCGCUCCAAUAAGUUCACCAUCAAGUCUGAUGUGUGGUCAUUUGGAAUACUUCUAUUUGAAAUAAUGACAUAUGGAAAAAUGCCAUAUCCUGGUCUGAUGGGAUAUCAGGUAGUCCAGAAACUGGAUCAAGGAUAUAGACUCCCUAAGCCACAGGACUGCCCACAGCAACUUUACAACAUUAUGCAGAAGUGCUGGAAUGCAGAGCCUAAAGAACGGCCCACGUUUGAAACAUUGCACUGGCAACUAGAGGAUUAUUUUGAACUAGACUCUGAAUCCUAUACUGAUGCAAGUGUUUUUGUAAAAUGAACUCUUUAGCAAAGACUGAGUAAAAUGCUAUAAUUACUUCAAUGAACAUGACAAAGUAUAACUGAAAUCAAUUUAUCCUUCAAAUACGAGGGAGGAGCAGUUAAAUUAUUAGAUGAAACAGGAAUGUUAUAUAUUUUCAAGCCUGGGCUAAUUCUCUAGAACACUUCAUAUUUGAAUACCAGGAAUUAUCUUGUAAUAUUAAGCAAAAUUAAACUAAGAGCCUUUUGGAGCUUUGUAAAAUAAAUUAUCUUUCUUUAUUUUUACGUUACAAAUCAAAAGAAUGAACAAGUGACAUAAUGUUGUUGCUUAAUAAGCAUUAGAGUUUUUUACUGUUUACUUAUUACAGUAGGCAUUUGUUAUUCCCUUGAUUGUUGAAUCCCAUUGGUUUGCUCUUAUGAAGAAAUUUGGUUACUCUGUUGCACAGCAGGACCUGUGCUUUGAGCUGUCUUUUUUUUUUUAAAUGAUCUGUGACUAUUAUAAUGGCAAAUCCACAGUACAUACCUUGAUUGGACUUGGAAAGCACAUGACUUUCCUGUAAAGGCAAAUGAAACUGAUAUUACGAAAAAGAAAUAGUCUCUCUUAUUUUGCAGAAGCAAAUGGGA